UUCAACAGAACAAAUCUCAAGACAACCAUUUUGAACCAGAACCAGACCUAAUCCCAUUAAAAAUUAAGCCCUAAUCUUCUUCUACAAUAUAUAUACUUGUGUCUGUUUCGAAACCAAUCACAGUCUCAGUCUCUGUAUUUUCUCCGAAAAUGUCACGUAUGGUGAUGAAAAUGCAACAUCUUAUAUUUUUCGUCUGUGUGCUUGUCCUUCUGCAUAGAACAGUUGCUGCACCAAUUGGACUAUGUUAUGGCAGAGUUGCAAACAAUCUGCCACAGCCCUCAGACGUGAUCAACCUCAUAAAAUCAAACGGCAUUUCAAGAAUUCGUCUUUUCAACGCGGACCCUGAAGCAUUAGCACCAUUUGCAGGCACUGGAAUCGAGCUCAUGAUCGGAGUCCCUAACGAGAACCUCACUGCCCUUGCUGCUGGAGACGUCAACUAUGCGCUAGAAUGGCUUCAAACGAACAUUCUAGCCCAUGUUCAGCCGAAUCAAAUCAAAUAUCUCGCGGUUGGAAAUGAAAUUUUACUAAAGGAUCCAUUUUACACGCCUCAUCUUCUCCCCGCAAUCAAUAAUCUUUAUCAAGCUCUUCAAAUCCUUGGCCUUACCGAAACAAUUAAGCUCUCCUCUUCUCAUGCAGCUUCAAUUUUAUCAAAUUCUUAUCCUCCCUCAGCUGGUGCAUUCGACCAAAAUGUCGAAUCCACCAUGACCCCGCUGUUACAAUUUUUACGUGACACGGGGUCAGUCCUAAUGGUCAAUGUGUACCCGUAUUUUAGUUACAUAAAUAACCAACAAUACGUGUCACUAGAUAAUGCCUUAUUCCGUUCACAAAGUGAUCAGGUCGACCAAAACCUCGUCUACAAUAAUCUUUUCGACGAGACGGUUGAUGCAUUCGUGUACGCGAUGGAGAGGCAGGGGUUUAUGGGGAUCCCGGUGGUGGUGACGGAGACGGGGUGGCCUACUGCAGGUGGUGUAGCAGCCAGUCUGGAGAAUGCAUUGGCUUAUAAUGGGAAUGUUGUGAGAAGGGGACUUGACAAUGUUGGUACACCAAAAAGGCCAGGGGUUGGUGUUGAGGCAUUUUUGUUUGACUUGUUUGAUGAGAAUGAAAAGAGUGGGGAUGAAUCUGAGAAGCACUUUGGUAUUUUUCAAGUGGAUGGGAAUAAGGCCUAUGAUAUUAGUUUUAGUUGAUCAUCCACUAUAAUUCUUUCAUUAUUUGAGACCCUCCGGGUUUCUUACAAAUACUUGUAAUGUUCUUUCCGUCUCAUUUUAUAUGUUUUUUAGAAAAAACAGAUUGAAUAUAAGAUACGUAAUGUUUUUAGAAAAGACAUAUAAAUGAGACGGAGGAAGUAACAUAUGUAUCGAUAUGUCUCGAAUAUCAGGCGAGUAGUCAACGUUAAGUAGUCAAGAUUAUACUAGUGGUUUAUGACAUUUUGGUAGUGGGUUUGGUUAAUCAUGCAUUCUAGCUCAUGUGAAGGCAGGGGAUAAUAUUAUACCAACCCUCAAGGGAUGAGUUGAUUAAUGUUUAAUUAGCUUUGAUGCAAGCAUGUACACAUGUAAUUUGCUUAUCUCAAAGGCAAUGUCGGCAGUGGCCAAGUAAGAAAAUGGGCAAGCCCACAGGCCAUGUGUCUCUUGGGCGGAAAAGCAUGUACUUUGGGCCUUAUCUUUUUGGUACUUGUAAAUUUGUAAUUUAGUGGGGGGUUUGGGAUCAACUUUUA